AUGUCCCUACUUCGUUCAGCCGUCUGCAGGGUCUGCAGGCGGCCCAGGCUACAGCUGCGGAGGGCCUUUGCUACGGCAAGCAACCAGCAGGCUUCGCAAGGCAACAGAGUCAAGCUUGUCGAGGUCGGGCCGCGCGACGGGCUGCAAAAUGAAAAGAAGACGAUUCCACUCGCCACCAAGAUCGAGUUGAUUGAGCGACUGGCGAGGACAGGCGUCUCGACCAUCGAGGCCGGGUCCUUUGUGUCCCCCAAAUGGGUUCCUCAGAUGGCCAACUCGAGUGAAAUCAUGGAGCAUCUCCUCCAGCACAAGAUCCAAUCGCCUGGUCCAUUGACUUACUCUUUCCUUGCGCCGAACAGCAAGGGCUUCGAGAAUGCGGCCAACAUCCUCAAGCAGAACCUGAGGGCGUUUUCGACCCAGCUAGAACCGAGCAUCGGAGGCGAGGCCGAGGCGAAGCCCGCGGUCGAGGUGGCUAUUUUCGCAGCGGCAACCGAGUCGUUUUCACAAAAGAAUCUCAAUUGCGACAUACAGAAAUCCUUGGAAAGUUUCAAGACGGUCAUCCAAGACUCCAAGGCGCUGGGGCUCCGGGUGCGUGCCUACAUCUCGGUGGUGCUGGGGUGCCCCUUUGAAGGGUUCGACGUCGACCCGCACAAGGUGGCCGAGAUUGCCACGGACCUGCUGGAGUCGGGUGCGGAUGAGAUCUCGCUGGGGGACACGACGGGCAUGGGCACGGCGCCGCGGACGAGCGCGCUGCUCAGGUGCAUGGCUGCGGCGGGGAUCCGCAACGAGGACAUUGCGAUGCACUUUCACGACACAUACGGGCAGGCGCUGGUAAACACGGCCGUCUCGCUGGAGCACGGCAUCCGGACGUUUGACAGCAGCGUGGGCGGGCUCGGCGGGUGCCCGUACAGCCCCGGCGCAACGGGCAACGUGGCGACGGAGAACAUGGUGUAUUUUAUGGAGACGCUGGGCAUGGAGACGGGCAUCGACCUGGAUGCCGUGGCGGACAUUGGCGCGUGGAUCACGGAGGAGGUGGGCAGGGCCAACGACAGCACGGUGGGCAAGGCUGUCCUGGGCGCGAGGGCGAGGGCAAAUGGAGCGGCGCCCAAGGCGUGA